AUGCCAGCAACAACAACAGCAACACCAGUUGUACUUCAAGAAACGCAACAAAUUCCAUUGCAAUCAUCAUCACGUUAUUAUAUGUUACAAUCGGCGCCUAUUAUUCCAGCCGUACCAAUUCUUAAUACAACAUAUGUUUAUCCACGAUACGGUUUCGUACCAAAACCAGUUGAAACAUCUGUUACAAAAGAGGAAAUUGAAAAAUCGCAACCAACACAAAUAUUUGAAGGUCUAUUGUUUUCUUCUUGUUCUACUUCACGUAUUCAUUCUAACAAAGUUGUUUUCUUUUUUCGUAUUUAUUUUAUAGUUGCACAGCCUGUUCAACAUGUCGUACAUCAUCAUGUUCAACCAUGUACAAUAAAAACAUGUCCUGGUUAUUGUGAAUUAUGUUAUCCAUGGACAGAACAUUCAACACACCAACAUAUACAAUCACGAUCACCAUCACCAAGAACUCAUGAACAUCAAUAUCGACAAUCUCGUCGUGAUGGAUUUGAACGUGAUGAAUUUGACCAAACAUAUCCAUCAAAAAAUGAAACAAUUGAUGAAAAAAUUGAACGUAUUCGACGUGAAUUACGUGAUAGUUCAUCACAAACACAUGAUAAAACAACUGAAACUACUAAUAAUUAUCAAUCAUCACCAAUUAUUGAACAUCAUAUACAUCAUAGACCACGCUCAACUUCACGUCCACGUAGUGCAUCAUCAACACGUGAACCAUGGCGUUCAUCAAAUCAAAAUGAUUAUCCAUGGCGAGAUACACAUUUACCAGCUUAUCGUGAAGCAACAUUAGCACGUGCUCAAACACCUGUUAAUGAAACUCGUACAUGGAAAGAAACAGCCCAUGAACGUAGUCAUCAAAAUACGCAGAAUGCAACAACAUAUCAUAGUAAAAAAGAUUAUGUUUAUCGACCAAAAUCUGAAACCGAAGCACGUAAAUGGUAUGUACAAUCAACAGGUAAAGAUCCUGAUCGUGAAGUACAUCAAGCAUUACGUGGUGGUACAACAACAUAUAAAUAUAAUGAAUCACAAAAAUCUUAUUAUGAUAAACAUCAAAGUAAAACUUAUGAUCAUUCAUUUUAUUCGGAUGUACCAACAACAAGUAAAACACAUACAUUAAGAAAAAUUGAUUCAACACAACAUCAUAAUUUAUAUGCAUGUAAUGAACCAUGUUUACAUGUUGUACCUAAAAAUGGUAGUACAUCAGAUCCACCUUAUAUGAAAAUUCUUAAUGCACCAGUAACAUAUAUUCACUAA